UUAUUUAUAAUGAUAACUUAUCAUCUCAAUAUUAUAUAAACAAGAUAUGUCUCAUCUGUUCUGCUCUUCUUCUCCUUCUUGUCUCAAAGAUCUAAACUUUUUCAAUGUUAAAAAUUUCUCUUUCUCUGUUUACAAAUACCAUCACCAACCUUUUCUUUAAAAUCCCAUUUUUAUAAUUUCCAAUAUUUCUUAGUUUUGGCUUAUAAUAUUUUUUUUAUGUGAUCUGAAGCUGAGGAAAAUUAAAAAGAAAUGUCUGUGAGUAUGAUAAUGAAGAAAAGAGAAGUUGAAGGUUCAUCUGGAUUUAUGCAUGCAUUAUCAUCUGUUUGUGUUGAUCCAAAUGAAAAAUAUGUUUGUGGUAAUAAUAAAAAUAUGUUUUUUUAUGAAGAGAAAAUUAAUGAAGAAAAGUCAUUGAAUUCAUGUAGUUCUUCAUCUUCAAUUGGAAAAAAUAGUGAUAUUUCAGAAGGAUCAAUGGAAAAAACAGAUGAUUCUGAGGAAGUUCAGAGUUCUUAUAAAAGUCCUUUGAAUUCUAUGGAAACUCUAGAGGAAGUUUUGCCAAUGAGAAAGGGUAUCUCAAGAUUCUAUAAUGGAAAGUCAAAAUCAUUCACAAGUUUAAGAGAAGCUUCAACAAAAGAUUUAGCAAAGCCAGAAAAUGCAUAUAUUAGAAAAAGAAGAAACUUAUUGGCUUGUGGUUUAGCUUGGGAUACUAACAAAAACAGAGGUGGAAUUUCAAAAAGAGUAACAAAUUCAAGUAGAACAACACUAGCAUUAGCUGCAGCUAUGAAUUGUUGCUCAUCAUCAAGUUCAGGACUUAGCAGCAUUAGUGAAAACACAACAAAUUCGUCCUCAACAUCAUCUGUUCCUUUCGUGUCGCGCCUUAAUCCUCAUUUCAAAGAGUACAACAAUCACAACCAUAGUAAUGGAUUGAAUUCUCCUUGUUUAUCGCCAUUAGCUCGUGGGAAUUUCUCGGGUUGGAGAUCAUUUUCCUUGGCUGAUUUGCAGCAAUGUGAAUUUGUUUCUGUUACAAGAAGUCCUACAUUAGAAGCUGCUGCUACUGCUGCUGGUGGUAGUAAUGCCAAAGUGGAAAAUGAGCUAACUUGAGCAUAUGGAAUAAUUCUUGUCCAAGAAUUUCCAUAGAAUUAGUAUAAACAGAAUUUCUUGUUCAGUUUAAUUAGCAAGAGGAUUCAAGAAUUCUUGUCCUUUUAGCUAGCAAGUCUCAAUGCCCAUCGUUAAUAGAAGCAUCAAGAUUCAAAUGCGUAUGGAUAACAUCCUUUUUUUAAUUAGAUAUAGCUUACUCUCGUAGCAUGUCAAUUAGUGAACCAUCGACAUAUUUUAAUUAAUGAACGUAUAGUAGAUAUACCGACUUAUCGCUGCAACUCAUUAGUCAUUUAACGUUGGGAGAUGAAUGAAUGAGCAAUUUGGGAUG